AUGACAGAGAAUACAGAUUUCAGAGUGGCUCUGAUAGCUGGUGGAAUGGCAGGUACUUCAGUUGAUGUGAUUUUAUUUCCAUUAGAUACAGUUAAAACACGGUUACAGAGUCAACAUGGUUUUAUCAAAUCUGGAGGAUUCCGUGGUAUUUACUCUGGAUUAUUCUCUGCAGCAUUGGGUUCAGCACCUACAGCUGCCUUGUUUUUCUGUACAUAUGAAUCAACUAAACAUAUAAUGAAGAGUUUUGUUAAACCUGAGUAUGAAACCAUAUCUCAUAUGACUGGUGCAUCAAUAGGGGAAUUGGCAGCAUGUCUUCUGCGAGUUCCAGUAGAAGUUGUAAAACAGAGAGCACAAACAACUCAUGCCACUUCUUCUAUACAGGCUUUAAGAAAUACGCUAGCUUCCGAGGGUGUUAUUGGUCUAUAUAGAGGGUUUCUAGUCACUGUUGUUAGGGAAAUACCCUUUUCAUUCAUACAAUUUCCACUCUGGGAAUUUUAUAAGAAAUCUUGGAAAAAGAAACAGAAUCGUCCAGUCAAUGCCUGGCAGUCUGCGGUAUGUGGGGCCCUGGCAGGAGGAAUAUCAGCAGGCCUCACAACUCCAUUAGAUGUAGCUAAAACUAGAAUCAUGCUGGCACAGAAAGGCAGUAAGAUAGCAGGUGGAAAUGUUUUUACAGCUUUAAAACAUGUCUGUCAUGAGAAAGGCUUCCAAGGGUUAUAUGCUGGUGUUAUACCUAGAAUAAUGUGGAUAUCAGUAGGUGGAGCUAUAUUUCUAGGUGUUUAUGAGAAAGCCUGUAUUGAAUUGUCAAAAGUUAUUGGAAGUAACAGUUGA